AUGACAGACACGAAAGACCAUUACAAAGCUGGUGAAACAGUAGACGCUUCCGCAUCAAUGCCAACGGAGCUUCCUCCUUCAUACGAUAUCACUCUAUCUCAAUCUGAGUCUCAACAAAAAGAGCAAUCACAAGCCACGGAGGACUUUCCUACUCUUGUUCUUGAUGGCACAAAGAUCCAUUCCUUAUACGCACCCAAUCGCAUACUCUAUCAACUUAGCAACGCACCAUAUGACGCCACGCGGAAAAUCUAUGCCAUUGAGAAACUCCGAUACCGCAUGACGAAUGGCGACGCUGAACAGAAGCUAAAACACACUGUCGAUCAUAUCUACGACUUCAGGCACGGCAUCUCGAUAGAAUCGUACAAACAAAUCACCAUCCUGGGACAGACGAGUCGGAAGCGUACUUAUCCCAACAUGAUCAUGCACCGCUGUCUCAAUGGCUGCCACACGAUUUGUGAAGGUGGCCAAGUGAAGAUGGCCCCGGACUAUGUACUUAAAGCAGAGUCUCCUCUGAAAGAUCGGCUGAAUCAAGGGAAGAACAACACCACCAUAUGGAAGGAUGAGAAGGGAGAGGUGGUUGCCAUUGAGACGAAACUCCAACGUGAUGAGAAUGGUAUCAUACAAGAGCUCCCAAGGCUUGCCAUCAAGGCUAGGAUCGAAGAAAAGCUGUAUGAUCUGUUGGUCACUUCUUGGUGUGCACAUGUCUGGAAGGAUGCCCAGAAGGAUUUGAAAGAGCCAAUGAGUUGGGAUAAAUUCAAACGAAUUGCGUCGACCAUGCCAAAUAAAGCCGCAGGUAUAUACGGCGGCGCUGGAAUUGGUGGCUCUUCAUUAGGCUUCUAA